CCAACUCGUUCGUUGCUUUUCUCGUUCGUCCGAUCUAGGGUUUCCUCUUCUUCUCAGAUCGUUUCCUUUCCAUCGUCUUCUCUCCUUUCUUUCUUCUACCUGCCCCCCUGCGUCGUCCUGUCGUCUGUAUCUAGAGCUAGUUUUAUCUCUCUCUUUGUCUCCCUCUCAUAGGAAGCGGAGGAGAAAAAAGCAAUAGAAAGCAAACGGAGGCCAGGAUGGAGAUGGAGUGCCUCACGGAGUUUCCUCACACGCACAUGGAUAGGCGCCCGAGAAAGAGGCCAAGAUUGGGAUGGGAUGUCCCUCAGGUUCCUAAGGUGGAUUUAAAUCCUCUUUUUCCUGCUCAGCCAGGAAUGUAUUGUGGGCAAGAAGUUGGGCAUGGAACAAGCUUAUCAUCGUCAAGGGCACCCUCAGAUCAUACUUAUUCAUCUAUGUAUCUCAAGGGCGUAGCUCGAAAUGGUUCCCCCCCUUGGCGAGAUGAUGACAAGGAUGGGCAUUACAUGUUUGCGCUUGGGGAGAAUUUAACUUCUCGCUAUAGGAUUCACAGCAAGAUGGGUGAAGGCACGUUUGGUCAAGUUUUGGAAUGUUGGGACAGAGAAACAAAAGAAAUGGUGGCUAUUAAGAUUGUCCGUGGUAUUAAGAAGUACAGAGAGGCUGCAAUGAUUGAGAUAGAUGUGCUGCAGCAGCUUGCCAAGCAUGAUAUUGGUGGCAGCCGUUGUGUACAAAUACGGAACUGGUUUGACUAUCGUAACCAUAUCUGUAUUGUGUUUGAGAAGCUUGGGCCAAGCUUAUAUGAUUUUCUACGGAAAAACAAUUACCGCUCCUUUCCCAUUGACCUAGUUCGCGAGCUUGGCAGACGACUGUUGGAAUGUGUAGCAUUUAUGCAUGAUUUACGCCUUAUCCACACUGACCUGAAGCCUGAAAAUAUUCUUUUCAUUUCCUCUGAUUAUGUCAAAGUCCCAGACUACAAGGGCUCUUCUCGAUCGCCCAAGGACGGUUCAUACUUCAAGCGACUGCCUAAAUCCAGCGCAAUAAAGGUCAUUGACUUCGGCAGCACGACUUAUGAUAGCCAAGACCAUAACUACGUCGUCUCAACCAGGCACUAUCGGGCACCAGAGGUCAUUCUUGGUUUGGGCUGGAGCUAUCCAUGUGACAUUUGGAGCGUUGGGUGCAUCCUAGUGGAGCUAUGCUCGGGCGAAGCCUUGUUUCAGACGCACGAGAAUCUGGAGCAUUUGGCUAUGAUGGAACGGGUGUUGGGUGCAAUUCCGCAACAUAUUCUUAAGAGAGUGGAUCGUCACGCUGAAAAAUAUGUGAGGCGGGGCACGAGGUUGGAUUGGCCCGAAGGGGCAACUUCGAGGGAAAGCAUAAAGGCUGUCUCAAAGUUGCCUCGUCUCCAGAAUCUCGUGAUGCUGCACGUGGACCAUUCGGCUGGAGAUCUGAUCGACCUCUUGCAAGGACUUCUCAGGUACGACCCUUCAGAGCGUCUAACGGCCAGGGAAGCCCUCAGGCAUCCUUUCUUCAGCAGGGAACACAGAAGGCUAUAAACUGUUUCGGCGAAGUUUUCUGCGUGAUCGUGAUUGGUGCAAGAUAAGCAGAUAUCAGCGGCAUUAUAUGUUCUUAUAUAUUUGCGGGUAACCCUACCCUGUGCUCGGGGUUCCUUUGCCGAGCAGUGCCGGCAGCCAAAUACAACUGUACAGCAGCACCGCCUCUCGCAGUCUUUCGCUGUGUGACGUCGGUGGUUCAUCUCUACAUACUUUUUGAAGAUGUAAAGAUAUUGUGGAAUGAAAAAAAUGUGUGGCACUUGA